GUUAAAUGCAUUUUCCGAGAGUUGCGCGCGAGAGUGCCUUACCAGUGUAGCAAACAUGGCCGUCUUAAUAUACUUAAUAGCGGCUUUAUGUGCUGUAAGUGCGGCACCACCUCAUCGUCUCUACCAACACCCCACACAGCUUCGACAACUGAACCCCUUGGACUAUUACUUGGAUAAUCCAGAAGAGGCGUAUUACCAGCAUGAACAAAAACGAGCCAAUGCAUCGCCAAACAACGCCCCAGCCAGGCUAGAGACCUUAGAGCCAGACAGUGAAGUCGAGCUCAUUCCCGGAGCUCAACCGCCUCAGCAGCCACCUCAACAGACACCAGUUGCUCCAAAUAUACCGGGUUUGAUUCCCGGUCAACGUGUGUUCAUAGUGCAUAUGCCAAUACCUGGAAUUAGGCCUGGAACUGUUGGGGGUUAUCAGCCAGUUUACAUCGUAGCAGCCGCACCUCAAGCAAAUGCCCCAUAUCCAGGUUACCAAAACACAGUUCUCGUGAACCCAGGUUACGGAGCUCAGUCCGUAGCACCGGCUGGUUACCCCAUGCAGGGAGUCCAAGGCAACCCAAACCUGGUCUUCAGCGCCAGAGCGUACAACAGACCUUUCGGGCUACACCUUCAAGAACCAGUAGUGAACUACCAGCAAAUACCAGCUCAACAGUUCUUUCAAGUGCCACCUGGCGCUGUAAACUUCGCACAGCUGGUGUCUUUGCAAGCGCAGCAAGCUCAACCAGCCCAAGAAGCUAGACCUAGUGCAGAAUCUCGAAACGCCGAGCAGAAAAGUGCACGCCUAGUGACCGUUGACUCAAAGGAAACGGCUGCGGAGACGAACAGAGAUGAACAAUCUUCAAAAGGACUGACUAGAAACAAGCCUUAAAUUUAAUUAUUAAUAUUAUAUUUAUCUAGUUAACUAGCCAGAUGUGUUAUUAUUAUUUCGUGGUAAUCCCGAAAAAAAUUAACAUCAAUAACGCAUCUAUGUACUACCGAAGAAUAGUAUGACUUUAGACAAUAUCUUUAAUUAAAGCAAAUAUUUUAUGUUCAUAUUCUUUUUCUUCUUUCUUUUCUUAGCGCACGUUGGCGACAUUUAGGUUCGGAAAAUAAGCAAGCGUUUUGGGUAAACACAAUAUGGAUGAGUUUUAAUAAUUAAUCUUUGAAAUUAGAAAAAGUGCUGUAUCUUUGUGCUUCGCUUCCAUUCCAAGUUACCUGAAAGACGUAUAGCUUUGGUAUAUAUCACCAAAUUGUAUACGCCGUAUUGUAAUUGUUUUUUGUCCUUGCCUUCUCUUGUUGUGGUGUACAAUAAAGUAAUUUAUUCAUUCAUUCAAGCCCUAAAACCUCACUGUUUUUCUGAACAACGUCUAUAGUACAUAGAAUGUAAUCCUCGUACCUGAUCGUAUCUAAAUAAAUGUAAAUAAAACUUUA